AGCAGGAGGGAGAGACGGAGGAAAAGUUAGUCAAGAUGGCAAAUCCCACCGACCUGGAGUGAAGGGGCACCGCUCCCCCUAAAAAAACCACACCGCCUGUCGGCCUUCCUGAGACAAAGCCAACGAUGCAAACUGCGCUACAAGGCCCCAAAGGGGUUCCCUUAAGAACUUGCCUGUGAUGCAGAAGCUGAUAAGAUGUCCUGCAAGGUGGGAAGCUGACUCAUCAAAUAUCAAUUCCACUCUGGGUGAGUAAUUUCCUGAGGGCAACUCAUAACAGUCAAGGAGCAUCACAGGACGACCGAAUUUGAAGGAUUACUUUGUGGGUCAACUCUUUUUGGCACCAACGAGACGGCUGUCUUGCUGCCGCCGAAGCAAAGAAUGUCCUCCUGCAGCUUCAGCUGAACCCACCCUACAUUCAGAAAUCCCUUCAUCAGCGGUAAAAAGAACAUUGGUGGACAGUUAAGACGAGGUUUCUCUGUGCCUUGGACCCCCCCAGUCAGCAUCCUCGCUUCCAGACCAUGAUGUUUCGCGAUCAGGUGGGCGUGCUUGCCAGCUGGUUCAAAGGGUGGAAUGAGUGCGAGCAAACGGUGGCACUGCUGUCUUUGCUGAAGAGGGUGAGCCGGACCCAGGCUCGUUUUCUGCAGCUCUGUCUGGAACAUUCCCUUGCGGACUGCACGGAACUGCAGGUUCUAGAAGCAGAUGCCAACAAUCCAGAGGCCAUCAGCCAGUGGCAAGGCGAGACAAAAGAACAUGUCAUCUCACUUGUCCUCACCCAUUUGCCACUACUCAAACCAGGCAACGUAGAAGCCAAAGGCGAGUACAUGCGCCUGCUACCGCGCAUCCUUGCUCACACUAUUGAGCAUGGCCGUCACCUGGAAGAGUCUCGCCAACUCUUAUCGUAUGCCCUCAUCCACCCUGCCACCUCCCUAGAGGACCGUGCCGCAUUGGCUCUGUGGCUCAACCACCUGGAGGAGAGGGCCGCUGCAAGGGGAGACUCACUGGAAAGGCCAUCUCCGCAUAAUCGUCAAUCCACUCCACCGUCCACCCUUACAUCAUCAGGAUCCUCCACCAACAGCUCGUCUUCAGUUAACCUGUACUCUUCGCACCACCACCAGCGCUAUGGGUCAGACGAUCGCCUAAAUGGGUGGCAGAACUCCAGGGAUUCAGGAUUGGGUGGAGGCUGGCAACAGCAGGGAUGUGAGAAUGGACACCUGCCUCUUUACCCAUCAUCCUCUGUACCAGCAACCAUCAACACAGUUGGAACUGGUGGAAGUAGUAACGCAAUCCUAACAAGUGGCAAUCAGCAGCACAGUCCUCUGAAGCGCUCGGUGUCCCUCACGCCUCCAAUGAGUGGCCAAAGCAACCAUCCCAUGGGUCCUGUCUGGUUGUCCCAGGAAGAUCUACGUAGUAGCAGAGGCCCAGCCCCCGAUCACGCACCCCUGUCCCCUCAAAGCAGUAUCGCUUCCUCAGGCAGUGGAGGAAGUGAACAUCUGGAAGAGACCAAUUUAGGAGGUGGUUCAAGUCUGCAUCGCAGUUCUUUUCAUGAGGAGGGCAGCGGCAUGAGGGAUGUUCCCUCAUGGCUGAAGAGUCUCCGUCUCCAUAAGUAUGCAGUGCUGUUUUCCACGAUGACCUAUGAUGAAAUGAUGUCACUUACAGAAGAACAACUGGAAGCACAGAAAGUCACCAAAGGAGCAAGACACAAGAUUGUUAUCAGCAUCCAAAAGCUCAAAGAGAGACAAAACCUGCUGCGCAGCCUAGAAAAGGACGUACUAGAAGGCAGUAAUCUGCGUGUGCCCUUGCAAGAACUCCACAAUAUCAUCAUAACGCCAAUCAAGGCUCUCAGUGGUGGCGAAGAGACGUCCUUGCAGCGCUCUCCCCUGAACCCAGAAGCCAAAAGCUCUGCGCCUGGAUCCCACCUUGGUGGAGGAGGUGGAGAGGUGGAAGCCAGCUCAAGUGUCAUUGCAGAGGGUGAUAUACCCAGCCAGUUUAUUCGUGUCAUGGGCAAAGUUUGCACUCAACUACUGGUGUCGAGGUCAGACGAAGACAACAUCAGUUCCUACCUACAACUGAUUGACAGGUGCCUUAUACAUGAGUCCUUUAGCGAGACUCAGAAGAAGAGGCUGUUGUCAUGGAAACAACAGGUCCAGAGGCUGUUCCGGGCCAUUCCGAGAAAAACACUCCUUGACAUCGCAGGUUAUCGACCGCAGAGAAGCAGUCGUGGAUUCGGUCAGUCCAACUCUCUUCCCACCACAAGCUGUGUUGGGAGCAGCGUGAUGGCCAGAAGAAGCCUUCGGCAAUUCCAGGUGCCCUCUCGGAGCUUACCAGGUGUAAGGCUGGGCUUGCUGGGCAGCGGAGGCCUGCUGGGACCUACACCUCGUAGCAGCAGCAGCACACCCACAGGCCUCAAGCAAGGGAAACAGGGGCUGUGGUUUGCCAAUCCUGGAGGCAGCAACAGUAUGCCCAGUCGAACCCACAGCUCAGUGCAACGGACACGCUCCCUGCCAGUUCACACAACGCCGCAAACUAUGGUCAUGUUCCAACAAGCUGGGGGGACUCAGAUUAAUUUGACUUUUUGGACACAUUCAAGAGUAUAUUACGAAUUGGGGUGUCCCGAUACCACUUUUUCACUUCAGAUACGAUAGUGAUAUUUUGGACCUUAGAAUUUUGGCCGAUAGCGUUAUUAAUACGAUAUGAUAUCAGCAGGAAUCACAGUACAUACUGUACCGGUGGAAUAUUGAUAAAUGUUUGAUUAAGUGAAAUCAGUCAACACAACAAUAGCUAUGAGAAACACUAACCAUAGGGCAUACAAGUACAUAUUUUUAUUUUUUUAGAGUGUGGAAUAUUAGAAAAGGUUUAAUCAAGUAAAAUUAUGCAGUAUGUUGAAUUAUGCGGACACGUUUGUUACUGGACACUUUCUACUACUCUUUGACCUUGGAAACUUUGUAUCUGUAAGUCCGUGUUUUCCAUAUAUUAAUUUGCUUGUAACGGGCUGUCACAAGUAAAUUUAAGGCCGCCACGAGUUAAAAAAUAAUAAGAUUUUGCGACACAGUAACAAUUUACCUUCCAUCUCCUGCAAUCAUGUUCCACAAAACAUGAACUGUUAUUUGUUUCAAAAUGAAGAGUUUGAUGUUCGAGCAAAAGGCUUCCAUACUUAAUCAGCACACACACAAAUAUAUUGAGGGGUACAGAGUUAGCGGUCAUUAUUUGUUUUUCCAGAGUUUGGUUAGUAUAUGUCUGUAAGAAUGUAUUUAUUUGUUUAUAGACGUGACCGUUAUAUUACAGUAUUGUUCGUUUUGUUAAUAUUAGAGUCCGUUUUGUAGAAAAGGAAUCCCUAGAAGCUUAGACCUUAUGGACCCACAGUUAAAAUAGACAUUAAAAUAUAAUAUACAAAAUACAGUACAAUAUAAUAAAAAAAAAAGAAACAUUUCAAAAUCUACCCAUUUACAAUGACCUACCAACAGAAUUACAUUUACAUAGAAUGAAGCUUUUAAUCCUGCAAUCAGUCUCAACAUCUUAUUAUUCAAAUUUUGAUUAGGAAGUUGCAUCUUAAAGAUUUGCCAUACAUCCAAGGGUCAAGUAGAAAUACACUUGCUGUUUCAUGUGAAUUUUGUUCCCUUAAAAUCUCAUCUGAUAAACGUUUGCCGAGUUAAUUUUCAUUAGCCUGUCAUUGACCAUGUCCAUUGUAUCCGUUAUAAUUUAAGGGGCCCUAUUGCGCAAAACCAACUUUUCUUUACUUAUUGCUACCUGCCUAUGUGCAUUUGGGAUCUGCAUAGGUCCGGAAAAUUUUGAAAUCAAAGCGUGGAGGCAUUUAUAAAACAAUCUUGCCUUUCUUUCUAAUUCCCCCAAACGGUCCGUUUGGAAUGUGCACAAUUGGUGACGUCACUAAUUGGGAACAUUGUCAGAUUAUUCAUAUAUGGUAUAAAUCUACCCAGACUGCCUUGCGCACGUCCGCCAUUGUUAGUUUAUGCCCGCACAUCUGUAGUUCAGACGACAAAAUGCCUAAGAUUUGUCUCGACAAUGCUGUUAUUGGUUGUAUUACUCAACACAUGACACUAUUCAACCCUCCAGUCUCAUCUGAAGAAGUAAAAAUUGCCUGGCUAACUUUUUUGUUUCGUGGCAAUGUGCCUUGAAACUGUGAAGUAGUUGCUUCGAGUGUGUGACAAGAAGAGUUCUGCUCCAUCCACAAACUUUCACGAUAAGAUGGCUUUUCGAAAAACUAAUUUUAAUGGCGGGCUCGGUGACUACUGUACUGUAUAUGGCAAUUGAGGAGACAAUGAAACUGUCAGUAAUAGCAGUAGGUUAGUAAUAUGUUAGCACGAGUUAAUAUAAGGCAAUAGCGUCAAUGCCCUGUGGCAAAAUAGAUGAUUACUGUGUUCGACAAUGGACGAGUAAAUUAUAUAAUCCAUUAUCACCUUCGCGAUAUAACUCCCAGCUUAUUUGAUAGCUUUGGUUGUUUACAACUCGAAGCAGCCGUGCAGCAGAGUUAUUUACGUGAUAUAGAAUAGAAAAGCCUUUUAUAGUCAAUAUACACAUGCAUUUGUCAUCAACAAACCACGGUGAGCCACCGAUCUCGCUAUAUCAUCUGGGAUGUUAUGUUUUGGUGAAAGUCAAUGAAAACAAAUGGCUGGUGGUGGUCACCGAUGUCCAUAGUGCACAACGGCUCAUUGGCGUGAGGUUGGCGUGGUGAGGAGAGGUUCAUUUGCAUCUAACAACUCCGCCUCUCAUAACAAAACGUUUUGAAAGAGAGCAAAAAAGGGACUUGAAAAUAGGUCUGUAAAACAAAAUCUAUACAAAUUGUUCACCAAAGAACUAGCCUUACAUUUCAAGGAGGUGUUUUAAAUGUAGAAAGAAAAUCAUGAUGCAGCUGAAUUAGGCUGCAGCACCCCCUGCGACCCCAAACUAGACAAGCGGUAGAAAAUGGAUGGAUAUGACCCCUUUAAGCUAGCAGCAUUAGAGCCAAACUUCAUCCUGUAUAAUUGUCUUGCUUUUUCUUCAGUUUACACCAAACUAUAUUCUUGAUUUAACGUGAUUCUUACAUGUAUGUGCACUUCAUAAGCAGUGUUCUUAACAGCGUUAUAUAAUAACCGCGUCACUAAUGCUGUUACUUUUACUAGUAACGAUUAAUCUAAUUAAUUACCGUAUUUGCAGACUAUAAAUCGCAGUUUUUUUUUUCCAUAGUUUGGCCGGGGGUGUGACUUAUACUCUGGAGCGACUUAUGUGUGAAAUUAUUAACACAUUACCGUAAAAUAUCAAAUAAUGUUAUUUAUCUCAUUCACGUAAGAGACUAGACGUAUAAGAUUUCAUGGGAUUUAGCAAUUAGGAGUGACAGAUUGUUUGGUAAACGUAUAGCAUGUUCUAUAUCAAAUCAAAUCAAAUGAACUUUAUUUAUUGAGCACAUUUAAAAUUUACCACAGGGGUAGCCAAAGUGCUGUACAAUGAGCAGGUUAAAAGAUAAAACGAGUACCGAGCAAACACAACACAACACAAACAGAACACGAUAAAAAAUAAAUAAUUAAAAUAGAAUUAAUAAAAACAUAAAAACAGGAUCACAGCAGGUGUAUUAUGGGGCGCCAUUGCAGGAUGGAUAUCACUCAGUGUUAAAAGCCAUGGAAUAAAAGUAUGUUUUUAAGAGAGAUUUAAAAACAGGAAGAGAGGAGGCUUGUCUAACAUUCAGGGGUAGGUCGUUCCAGAGCUUGGGAGCAGCAACGGCGAAAGCUCUGUCACCUCUAAGCUUCAGCCUUGUGUCAGGGACCGUCAACAGCAGCUGAUCGGCUGAUCUUAAGGAUCGGGUGGGGCAGUAAAGCUGAAGGAGGUCGGAGAGAUAGGUUGGCGCGAGGUUGUUUAGACAUUUAAAAACAAAUAAAAGGAGUUUAAAAUGUAUUCGGUAACGCACAGGGAGCCAGUGAAGGGACGCUAAAAUAGGGGUGAUGUGCUCACGUCUGCGGGUCUGUGUUAGCAGACGAGCAGCAGAGUUCUGCACGAGCUGCAUAUGUUAUAGUUAUUUGAAUGACUCUUACCAUAAUAUGUUACGUUAACAUACCAGUUGGUUAUUUAUGCCUCAUAUAAUGUACACUUAUUCAGCCAGUUGUUCACUAUUCUUUAUUUAUUCAAAAUUGCCUUUCAAAUGUCUAUUCUUGGUGUUGGCUUUUAUCAAAUAAAUUUCCCCCAAAAAUGCGACUUAUACUCCAGUGCUACUUAUAUGUUUUUUUUCCUUCUUUAUUAUGCAUUUUCGGCCAGUGCGACUUAUACUCCGGAGCGACUUAUACUCCGAAAAAUACGGUACUUUUAGGUUAGCGAUAUUUUGAUGUAAUGUGGCACGCUACUGUUGAUGUUCUUUUAUGUCAACAACAAGACAGCGUCAUAAGUGCAGCAAGUUCAAUGCAGGAAAUAUUUUCUUACUAGUGAAAGCAACAAGCAUCAGUGCACUAAAAUGAACGUGAUAUCAAAUAGGAAGAGGCACUAUCAGACUGUGACUCAGCAGACAACAACAUACAUACACAACUGGAAUAAUGAACAACAAAUCAAUAAUUGAAGAGACAAACUUGCCAUCCAAACAAUACACUGUUGACAUGUUGACAAGAGGAUCUGACAGCCAUUGAAGCCCAUUCAAUCUCUUUAUUAAGCAAAUGUGACACAAUCCGGUGAAGAGAUUUAAAAGAGCUGACGCUAGAGCCGACAAACUGCCGCUGCUAACCGCUAAAGCUAAUAAACACAGCUUAGUUGAAACCUUUGAUGACGUCACACGUCACUUGGCAACAGGCCCCGCCUUUUAAAGGCACACACACGCAAAGUAUUUACGAUAGUAAUUCAAUUACUUGUUCGGUAAAGUGACAAGUACUGUAUCUAUAAUUACUUUUUUAAAGUGAUUUUCAGAACACUGUUCAAAUGUAUAUUAAUGUACUCUCCUUUGUGUGCUUAGUUUUACUGGAGAAAAUUAAUAAACACGCUUUAAUUGUUUUUUUUAAUCUCUAAUUUAAAAGACUUGAACCACUGGAUACGGAAUAAAAUGAAACAAACUCAAUAAAUAAUAAUACAUUCAAAUUGAUCAGCAACAUUAAUUCAGGAGCACAAUUUAUAAGACGUUAGGAACAGCUUAAACCAGAAUAGGACCCCAA